AUGACUGCUAAUGACACGUGUGCUGAGAUCAGUAGAGACAAUACAGAUUUCCGAUACUUCAUCUAUGCUGUGACAUACACUGUUAUUCUUGUGCCAGGUCUCAUAGGGAACAUAUUAGCCUUGUGGGUAUUUUAUGGCUAUAUGAAAGAAACCAAACGGGCUGUGAUAUUCAUGAUAAACCUGGCCAUUGCUGACUUACUACAAGUCCUCUCCUUGCCCCUGAGGAUCUUUUACUAUCUGAAUCAUGACUGGCCAUUCGGGUCUGGCCUCUGCAUGUUUUGUUUCUACCUGAAGUAUGUCAACAUGUAUGCAAGCAUCUACUUCUUGGUCUGCAUCAGUGUGCGAAGAUUUUGGUUUCUCCUGUACCCCUUUCGCUUCCAUGACUGUAAACAGAAGUAUGACCUAUAUAUCAGCAUUUCUGGCUGGUUGAUAAUCUGUCUUGCCUGUCUGCUAUUUCCUCUCCUCAGAAGCAAUGAUGACACCCCUAGCCACAGAACCAAAUGUUUUGUGGAUCUUCCUACCAGGAAUGUCAAUCUAGCUCAGUCUGUUGUUAUGAUGACCAUUGGCGAGUUGAUUGGGUUUAUCACUCCUCUUCUAAUUGUCCUGUUUUGCACCUGGAAGACAGUUUUAUCACUGCAAGAUAAAUAUCCUGUUGCACAAGACCUUGGAGAGAAAAAGAAAGCCUUGAAGAUGAUUCUAACCUGUGCAGGAGUUUUCCUAAUUUGCUUUGCACCUUAUCACUUCAGUUUUCCUUUAGAUUUCCUGGUCAAGUCCAAUGAAAUUAAAAGCUGCCUAGCCAGAAGGGUGAUUCUAAUAUUUCAUUCUGUUGCCUUGUGUCUUGCUAGUCUGAAUUCCUGCCUUGACCCAAUCAUAUACUAUUUUACCACUGAUGAGUUCAGAAGACGGCUUUCAAGACAAGAUUUGCAUGAUAACAUAAAACUCCAUGCAAAAUCACUUGUGAGCAACCAUACCACAUCUAUCUUGUCAAGUGAAUUAUGUUAA